AUGAUGGCUGGCACGUCUUUGGGUUGGCCGUCACCGGUGCUGGCCAAGCUGUCCAACGGCGGGCUGACGAUGGCCGCCACCAACGAACAACAGUCGUGGAUGAUCGCCAUGCUGGAGCUGGGCAACCUGCUGUCGCCGAUACCGUUCGGGGUGCUCGUGGACGUGGUGGGACGGAAACCGUGUCUGCUGCUCACGGGACCCCUAUACAUCGUCAGCUGGCUGAUGGUGCUGUGCAGCGACACGAUCGGCGUGCUUUACUGGGUGCGGCUGCUGCAGGGCGCGUGCAUCGGAAUCAUCACCACGGUGGCGCCAAUCUACAUCGGUGAGAUAGCCGGCGACAGUAUUCGCGGCGCGCUCAGCACGUUCUUCAACGGCAUGCUCAACGCCGGCAUACUGUACGUGUACUGCAUCGGGCCGCUCGUGUCGUAUGACGCGCUCACGUACUACUCGCUGCUGGUGCCCUGCGCGUUCCUUGGCACGUGUCUAUGGAUACCCGAGUCGCCGUACUACUACGUGCUCCGGGACGACGACAAGAAGGCGCACGAGUCGGUGGCGUGGCUGCACGGUAACGCAGAACCGGACGUGGUGGUCCGCGAGCUGAUGCGCAUCAAGGCCGAGGCCAGGGACGAUAUCCAAUACAAGGGGUCGGUGCGAGACCUGUUCGGGUCUCGGUGCAGCCGGAAGGCAUUUCUGAUCGUUCAGAUCGUGGCCGCAGCCGACGUGCUGUCCGGCAUGACCACCGUGCUGGCGUACGCGUCUUCCACGUUCGCGCACGCCGACACGGACAAGACGUUGUCCCCGGACCAGUUCACCAUGUUGCUGGGCGUGCUGAUAUUUUGCACCACGUUCGUCACUGGUUACCUGGUGGACAAGCUGGGCCGCCGGCCGCUGCUGCUGUUCUCGUGUUUCGGGUGUGGCGCGUUCGAGCUGAUCACUGGGCUGUACUACUACAAGCGGUGGGUCGGGUUUGAGUCGCUGGGCGCCUGGAUACCGUUCACAGCCAUCGGAUCGUUCGCCGUCAUCUACAGCAUAGGGCUUGGGCCGCUGUUGCCCACGCUCCAGGGCGAGAUGUUCCCGUCCAACGUCCGCGGUCUGGCCAGCGCUAUCACGUCCGUCACGCUCACUGUCAUAUCGUUCGUCGGCCUCAAAAUGUACCAGGUCAUCACCGACCAAUGGGGGAUACACGUAAACUACUUCAUAUACGGCACCGGGUGCCUAGUGUCUUUCCUGUUGAUCUACCGGUUCCUGCCAGAGACCAAGGGCAAGACGUUCGCGCAGAUCCAGAACGAUAUCAUGAAAACCCUUGACGACCGGCCGUCCCGCAGUAAAACUCGCCGAAAGCCCGUCAACGCCAACACGACGGGCGUCUAG